UCUGCAUUUGAACUGCGAUUAUCAAGGCGCAAACAUGGCCGGACUGCGACCACUGCCAGCAGAGCUCGCUGAACUGGCCGUUACGGAGUGCAAUGAGCAGCAGUCGGAGCGGGAGACGUUUAUAGUCACGCUGCAGACAUGGAUUGCCAAGUCGCCGUAUCUCAAGGCACGCACGGAUGAGCGGCUAAUUCUGGCAUUCCUGCGCCGUUGCCGCUUCAGUGUGGAGGCAGCCAAGCGGCGCAUCGACAACUACUAUUCCCUGCGGAACGACUUUCCCGAGGUGCUCUGCGGCAGGCAGGUGGACGAGGCGCUCUUGCGGCAGUUUGAUCGCGGCAUCCACGUGAUACCCAAGCGUCCCGCUAGCUCACAGGGGCCGCGCGUCAUUAUCUCACAGUUCUGCAAAAUCGAUCCGAAGCAAUCAAAUCCCCGCGAAGCGUUCAAGCUGCUCUUCAUUCUGCUGGAGCUGCUGGCCCUGGAGUGCGACAAUGCAUCGGUUGCGGGUCUAUUCUACGUAGUGGAUGCACGUGAUGUCACCAUGGAACAAAUGCUCCAAUACGAUCCAUUUCUGCUGAAGAAGACCUUCAUGCUGGUGGAUCAGUGUCUGCCGCUACGCUUCGUAGAGAUUCACCUGGUCAAUAUGAUACCGUCGGGUCAGAAAAUCUUCAAUUUCGUCACCUCUUUUUUGCCGUCCAAGCUGCCCUUUAAGUUCGUAGUGCACAAGAAAUCCGAAGACCUAUACAACCACCUGCCGGCCGAGGCAAUGACCAUUGAGUACGGUGGCAGUAAUGGCUACCAUGCCGAGGCGCUGGACUACUGGCGCGGCAAGCUGGAGGCCUACAAGGAUUACCUGGCAACGGACUCGCAAUACUGCACCAACGAGAAGUUGCGCGUCGGCCUAGCCAAUGCCUGGGCCACUGGCGAACUGGGCGGCACCAGCGGCUCCUUUCGCAAGCUGGAAGUGGACUGAAACCUCUGUAAAGAUUCGUGCUUAAGUCUGCUUUAUUUGUAGUCUUUAAUUAAGUAGUAGCUAGAGCUAAAAAAAAAUUCUA